AAAAAAUAGGUAAUUAAAAAAAAAACUCUUUAAAACAUAUUUUAUUGGUUUUCCAAAGGUUUCACCUCUAUUCUAGACUUCGUUGUCAUUCACUCACAUAGCCACACACCACAGACAAAAAGUUUUCAUUCAUUCAUCCUUCGGUCAUUCACUUCGCUUUCGCGCCAAAUUGGCCGUCAAAGUCGUCAACCUAAAAAUAUUCAAAACAAAGUUGAUUGUUAGGAUAAUUUUCUUUUUCUUCAAAGUGCGCAUUGUUUUAUAGUUAUAAACAUGAAAAUAGAAAGCAAGCCCUUAAGAUACGCUCACGCCGAAGGGCACACCGAUUUAUGCUACACUGAUGAUGGGAAACACAUAAUAACUUGUGGGCACGAUGGCGAUGUUAGAAUAUGGGUAGAUAUCGAAGAUGACGACCCUAAUUCCCAUUGUGUGGGAGAGAGUGCCCUUGCAGUGUGUUAUAAAGACAAAAGACUGUAUGUUGCAACAGACAACCACGCCGUGCAGGCCUACACCUUCCCGGCCUUCGACAAGGACGGCAUCGUCACCAGGUUCACUGCUCCUGUCACUCAGAUCAUGUCCUCUGGGAAGAUUGAAGCUUUGGGUUGUUCUUCUGAGAAUAUGGAGGCAAAGAUCUGCAGUCCGGAGGGAGGCGCUCCUCUGUUUGUAAUGGCGGACCACAAGGGGCCGGUCCUCAGCAUUGCUGUGUGUCCGCAGAUGAAGUAUGCCUGCACCGCUUGCGGAGAUGGCAACUUGAGAGUCUGGGACAUUGAUACUCAGAAAGUAGUGUCUGAAGUCAGCUGUGUGCCUAAAAUCAACACUUUCUAUGCUGCUAAAGUUUUAUGUCGAAUGGAUUUUGAGCCAAAAGAAGGUAAAUACUUGGCUUAUCCAAGUAACAGAGAGGUUGUGAUACUUGACACAGAAACUUGGGGCCAGAGAAUGACAUUCACACAUAGCUCGAUUAAAUGUGCAAUAUCCCAAUGCCGGUUUUCCCCAUGUGGCGAGUAUUUGGCUGCGAGCACAGUGGCAGGGCAGAUAGCAGUGUGGGGAUUACUUGAGGGAAACUGUAUUGGUGUUAUUGAACACCCUACCUCUCACAAUGUGUCAGCUUUGGCUUGGAAUCCUAAGGGAAAUGGUGUAAUAGCUUACUGCGACGUGGCUGGGCAGCUCGGUAUGCUGGUCAACUGUUGCGGGAAGGAAACCAUGGCGGCUCAAGAAAACAUGGACACUAUUGAGAUGAUUGAACGAGAUAAUGACAACGACGACAUAGUAGACAACCUAAUAGAGAACUACGAGAGUGACGAUGACAACGCGAUAUCUCUGGAGAAGCUGAAGAACGAGACGCUAGGCCUGGCCGUGGACGAGGACUCGCGGGGGUCGCGGGCGGAGUCGCGGGGGGACGAGGGGGGGUCGCGGGGGCCGCGGGGGGUGCCGCCGCAGCCGCCCUUCCAGCCCUCCGCCACGCCCACGCAUCUUGAACAUAGAUACAUGUGUUGGAACGAGGUCGGCAUCGUUCGCUGCCACACUCAAGAAAACGGGGAGUCCACCAUAGACGUGGAGUUCCACGACGCGGGGGUGCACCACGGCAUACAUCUGAACAAUUAUCUGAACCACACCAUGGCCAGCCUGUCGACUACCGUGCUGGUGCUGGCGUGCGAGACCCCCAGCAAGCUGGUGUGCAUAUCACUCGUGGGCAGCAGCAAAGAGUGGUCGGUGUCUUUGCCGCGGGCGGAGGAGGCGCGGUGCGUGGCCGCCGCCGCCGGGCUGCUCGCCUGCGCCACCGACGCGCGCCUGCUGCGCCUCUACACGCCGCGAGGCACGCAGAGACAGGUAAUAUCUCUGGCGGGUCCAGUGGUCGCCCUGGCUGGCUUCAACACGACGAUCCUAGCGGUCUACCACAGCUCUGAGCCAGGCCCGACCGACCAGCAUCUAGCCAUGGAUAUUAUUGCUAUGAAUGGCCACCAGAUCCGCACUAAGACAGUCCCAGUGCCCCUCACCCCGGGGUCCCGUCUCACGUGGCUCGGCUGCUCCGACAGUGGCUCCCCCUGCACGGCCGACAGCAGUGGAACCAUCAGACUGUACCAUGUAGCCAGCGCGGUGUGGAUGCCCAUAUGUUGUCCAGAGUAUACGGCUGAAUCCAACUUUGUUGUUUCUGUGAGUGAAUCAACACAAACAGUCCGGGCCAUCGUCUGUAGAGGAGCAUCAUUCCCUCCCACGGUGCCGAAACCAAUCGUCUCACAGAUCCCUAUCCAGAUGCCGCUCUGCGAGCUGGACACAGAGAAGGGUCAGUACGAGGAGCAGCUGGUGCGGUGGGCGCAUAUAGCAGCCGACGUGGACGUCAAGACCGCGCGCGAGACCGCGCUCAAACUGUUCGCGCUGGCAUGCCGCAGCGAAAUAGAGCAGCGGGCCCUAGAGCUCAUGGAACUGCUUCGAGACGACCGCUUGCUCCCUCUAGCGGCCAAAUACGCGUCGCGCCUCGGAAGAAUGCACUUAGCAGAGAAACUCACCGACUUAUCAGAGACCUGGGAACGCGAGACGGAUAAAUUGAAUGUAGCCCAGAAUUCCCACUUCCAUGAGCUGGAUACUCAAGAGACGUACGACACGGCCGCGGCUGAUGAUGCCGUCAACUCGAGUUUGAUCAUUCCGCAGAGGGUUAAGGAGAAGAAGGCAGAGACUGUUACACCUAUUAAGCCUGUGCCGAUCAAGUCAUCGCCGGGCGGCGCUCGCAACCCGUUCAAGAAGCAGCGGGACGCGUCGCGCGCCGCGCACAGCCCGCUCAGCCUCACCGAGCGGAACCUCGUCGAACUGGACUCCACACAGGAGGUUGGAGAGAAUCUGGAUCCAUUGAAACCGAACGCCGGUGAAACAUUCGUCGACUGGUUCUCAAGAAACAAAGCGAUCUUAGAGCAGCAGAAUGCAGAUCUAACCCCUUCAGAGUUGACCCGACAAGGCAUCAAAACAUUCAAGACUCUUCAGACCAAGCCCAGUGAAGUUGCGUCAGAAAGCUCACAAAAGAGGAAAUUAGAAGAUCAAAUUGAUGACACGCCGCCCGUCACCAAUGCGCCCAAACAAUCGAAACUCAGCGCUUUCGCAUUCCAAAAGAAAACAUGAUUUUGCCUAAAAUUGUUUUCAUUAGGGUAAGUUUAUUUUGUAAAUCGUUUUUUAAGAAUUGAUAGUUUUAAGAAAGAUUAGGAAUAAAAGUAUUUAUUUUUGUAAAAA